AGGUAUGAGGGCUUGGAACAAGCAAUACAGUGUGCUGAAUACAUGAAGGCAAAUGGAAAGAAUGUUGGAUGCAGGUUUCCCUACUUGAAGUCAUCAGACUAUAAAAAUUUCUAUAUCUGUGUUAAUGGAUCAUCAGAAUCCAUGCAUAUCAGAUCCAGCUAUUUCAUUUUUCAGCUUCAAAAUAUAGUUAAACCUUUGCCACCAGACUACCUUAGUGUUACUGUGAAGGAUUCUAAUGAAAUGAUCCUGAAAUGGAGCAUUCCCAGAGGACCCAUUCCAGCGAGGUGUCUCAUUUAUGAAAUUGUAUUAACAGAAGAUGACACUACUCGGGUGUCUACCACAAUCGACAAUGAAAUGUACAUCAGGAGAACGUUAAAUAAAAGCCACCAAUUGUGCUUUUUAGUAAGAAGCAAAGUGAAUAUUUAUUGCUCAGAUGAUGGAAUUUGGAGUGAGUGGAGUGAAGAACAAUGCUGGAAAGGUGACAUAUGGAAGGAAACUUUGAUAUAUUUCAUGUUACCAUUUGGUUUUAUCUCAUUAUUUGUUUUGUUAAUAUCUUUACUGCUUUUACAUAAGCAAAGAACUUUUCUUAAAACGAUUUUUAAUUUGAAAAAGGAAGUUUUUACUCAGCAAGAAACACUCUGCUGA